AUGUUAAUCCAAACCUUCUACAAUGGCCUAACUCACGAGUUCCGUAUCUACAUUGAUGCUGCGUUCCGGGGUUCUCUCUUAACAAAGAAUCCAACUGAUGCAAAGGAGUUAGUUGAGAAAAUGGCGGCCAAUGAUAACUAUCAUCCAGGUGGUCGUAACAGUGUGAAAAAAGGAGAUAAAUUAGAUGUUGAUGCUUUAACUCUUUUGACUAGUUCUGUGCAGGCAUUGACAAGCAAGUUCGAUAGGUUCCAAGCUGGAACAUCCACUAGCUCACCUGAGAUUUGUCAAUUGUGUAAUGUGGAAGGUCAUAUUGCACCCAAUUGCCCACAAAGUUUAAAUGAGAUGUCGAUUGAGGAAGCUAAUGCAUUCUACACCUCUAACCCCAAAAGGCCAUAUGAACCCCAUUCAAACACAUACAAUGAAGGUUGGAAGAAUCACCCAAAUUUUUCCUACAAGAAUACCCAGGCUCAACAAAAUCCACGUCCACCACCACCUCGAAACAACAACUAUAAUGCACCACCUGGUUUCCCACCAAGGCCACCUCCAAUCCAACAACCUAUUCAACCACCUCCUCAAAAGUCCAACCUUGAACUAAUGUUGGAAAACUUUAUCACCACAACCAACAACUCCAUCUACCAUCAAAACAGUUCCAUACAACAGCUACAAGCCCAGAGUAAGCUCAUGGAAAAUCAGAUAAGCCAACUUGCUCACCAAGUUGGUCAAUCCUUAAAGACACCGGGGACCUUUCCGGGUCAGAAAGAGCAACCACAGAAAGGGCAUUUGAAUGUUGUUACUUUGAGAAGUGGAAAGCAAUUGGAUGAUCCUCCUAUCAAGGAGCCAUCAAAGGAGGUCGUUGAAGAAGUAGGUGAAGGUGAGAAGGAGAUUCACAAUGCUAAGGUCGAGGAUGAAGAAAAGGAUGCAACUCCAAAGCCACUUGCUCCAUAUGUGCCUAAAGUUCAUUUUCCUCAAAGGUUAGCCCAAGCUAAACUUGAGAAAAAGUACGGUAAAUUUCUUGACAUUCUUAAAAAGCUUCAUAUAAAUAUUCCGUUUUUAGAUGCUAUAUCCGAAAUGCCUUCAUAUGCUAAAUUUUUAAAGGAUAUGCUUUCUAACAAGAAAAAGUUGGAAGAGAAUGCUACAGUUCUUUGA